AUGUUGAGAAAAUGUCCCAAGAAUAGUAAUGUGGUAACACUCGCAUGGAGUGAUGACACCCAAUGUUCAAUAAACGUGCAUGGAUGCACAGUAACAUCAUGGCGCGUGAAGAACUGGGAACAAUUGUUUCUAAGCCGCCACGCCAAACUCAAUCAACGCAAAGAAAUAAUGGGUGGAGUAUCAAUUGCUUUUCCGAAAUAUGGCGGUUGGAAAUUUGGUCCACCGAACGGAUUUGCAUGCAUAUCAAAAUGGAAACUUAUUAAAGGCCCUGUCUUAGAUAAAGACACUCAAGAUAUUGUUGCUGUUUUUGAGCUAGUGGACAAUCCACAUACCAGAUCAUUUUGGAACUUUCAAUUUAAAAUUACCAAUACAAUCAGGUUAUCAGAGUAUUGCUUAGAAAUCAAAAGCCACAUUCAAAACACUAGUCCAGUUUUACCGAUGCGUUUUAAUCUAAUGUAUCCGAUGUUUAUCAAGGUCCCGAAUGUCGAGACGAUACAGAUUGUAGGAAUGAACAAUGUGCAAUAUAACGACGAGACUAUAAAGGAAGAUGACGUAUUGCGAACGGAUCGGAAAAAGGCAAUUGAGAUUACCGCCUGGACGUACCGAAUUUACAAACAAGCGCCAAGUACUGUGGACAUUUUCCAUGUUACUUCGGAUUGUAGGAUGAGAGUUGAAAAUUCUGGCUUGCAGGAUUUCAUCGUAUGGAAUCCAUGGGACGAUCAUGGAAGUCAGGUUGAUGAUUUCCGUCCUGAGCAGUAUAAAGAAAUGAUUUGCAUUGGUAUGGGGAAUAUAAAUGAAGAAAUGCGUUUAGAACCAGGAGAAGAUGAUAAUUUUCGAAUAAACUUAGAAAUCGUGAAAGAAAGACGUUCACGUUUCUAUUAA